AUGUCACUUUACGAAGCAGCCGAUGGUAUUCUGGAGACCCAUGUCACUUGGGAAGAUGUCGAGAAGACUAUGCAGGAGUCUUUGGGGACACAUGCAAAGUUUGGAGAGAAUAGGAGAGUGACUAAUAUUAGUGAUAUGAAGGGAUUCAUGUCAAAAAUCGCGUUGAUUGAGACGGAUUGGAUCUCCUCUCAACUUGCCUUCGCCGCUCUCUCCAAAGUUAUGAAAUUCGAUGGAGAAGAUGGAUUCAGCGAGGAGAAAUUAAAGAAGCUGGGAGUGCUCACAAGAGAUGUGCAUAAUCGAGAAGUGGAGACUUAUAAGCUUCUAGUGAAGUUUGAUAAUAAGGAUAUACCGUAUACGAAGGUAUACGGCUUGAAAGCGUUCUCCGACGAGAACGAUCUCAAAGGCUUCCUGAUUCUCGACUUCAUUCCCAAUGUCCACCCAAUGUCUAUGCAUGACUCAAUUCCUGCUGAUCAACUUGUUCCAUUUGUUAGAGGCGUGGCCACAUUUUCAGCUCUCGCUGAGACUCUAAGCCCUGAAGAAAAGAAGUUUGCUGGUGGGCCAGAGUACCUGGAACUAUUCUUCGGAGAAGUUUUUGAUGAUGAACAAAUGGAGAGGCAAUUUGACACAUUGAGAUCUUCUUUCGGGGAUCAACACCUUCAAAUUGUCGACAAUUCCAUUGAAAUUCUUCGUCACUACAACAAACUCGUCAAAAAGUACACUAGAAUUUCCGAAAUUCUUGGCUUCAAACUGGUAUUGAAUCAUGGCGACUUAUGGCAGACUAACAUGUUGCAUAGUCUCGGAGAAGAUGGAAAACUAAAGUUAGAAGCGAUUAUCGAUUGGCAGGCUGUUUCAACAUUGCCACCUGGAAUGGAUCUUUCGAGACUUUUGAUGGGAUGCUUGAGUGCGGAGGAUAGAAGAGUUCGAGGAGAUGAGAUGUUGAAGAUUUACUAUGAAACAUUUAAAGAAGUAUUGGGAAAAGAGUUGUUCAGUUUUGAAGAGCUCCAAAACUCCUAUAGCCUCUACUUCCCAAUGAUGGCUAUGGCACUGCUCCCCUUGGUUAUCUCCUUCCUGGACAAUUCUCAAAUUUCGAAUGAAGAAAAGUCAGAAGCCCGCGAGAAGACCGUGUUGAAAUUGGUGGCUAUGAUGGAGGACUUGAUUGAUGUGCAUGACUAUAAUAUGGAGAAUUUUGGGGAAUUUUUGAAAAUUUAA